AGGAUCCACGCUAUAGGUGACAUUUCACUUGAUACAGAACAGAUUGUAUGGUGUGCAAAAAUGAGCGGUGAUAAAAGUGCUAAAGAAAAAAGUAUAACUCAGGGUUACACCGAGUUAUACAGAUUAGAACAAAACGGGGAUUAUGAUAGAGCUUUAAAAAUAGCCAACAAAAUCCUUCAUGCAUCCCCCAAUGAAGCAACCGCUUUCCAUUGCAAAGUGGUUUGUCUUAUCCAAUCGUCCAAGUUUGAUGAAGCUAUUAAUUGCAUGAAGAAACAUCCCAAUCUUUCAGAGAACUUACAAUUUGAAAAAGCUUAUUGCUUGUACCGCAGUAAUAAAUGCACAGAAGCUCUUAAAGUUAUUGAAGAGGUUGAAGAGGUCGAUUUUUGCUUAUCAGAACUCCGUGCCCAAAUUUAUUACCGUAUCGAGAUGUUCGAUAAUGCUGUCGCAGAAUAUGAAAAUAUUAUUAAGUCGACUGAUGAUGAUUAUGUUAAUGAAAGAGAAACUAAUAUGAAUGCAGCUUUGGCUUAUAUGGGAGGAAAUUUUAAUACUUCUGAUACCUCAGUUGAAGAAACAUAUGAAUUAUGUUACAACAAAGCAUGUCGGUUAUUACAACAAGGUUAUUAUUUAGAGGCUGAAAAAAAGCUUAAACACUGCGAAAAAUUAUGUAGGGAAGCAUUAGAGGAAGAUGGCGCCACAGAAGAUGAAAUUCAAAUUGAAUUGGCUCAUGUCAAAAUUCAAUUAGCCUUUGUAUAUCAAAAAGUGGGUAGGAUAAAAGAAGCUCAGGGGUUAUAUGUGCAUAGUUUGAAAUUAAAAUUAGAAGAUCCCGCUUUGGCGGCGGUCGCUUGUAAUAAUGCAGUUGUUAUAAAUCGCGAUCAAAACGUUUUCGAUUCAAAAAAAAAGAUGAAAGUUGCAACAAACGAUCAAUUAGCAUUUAAAUUGUUGUCCUCUCAACGAAAAAAUAUCGCAUUUAAUAACGCUUUGUUGUUAUAUUACACUAACCAAUUAGAUCAAUGUCGAAAAGCUUGUGAAAACAUCGAGGCGACUUGGCCUGAAUUAAAAGUUAAAACAGCAAUCAUAAAAACUAUCAUUGCAGUGAAAAACAAUCAAUUAGAGAAAGCGAUGGCUAUAUUAGAAAAAUGCCAAACAACGAACGAUGAUGAUGCGUUAUUUUUAGCAUUAUGCCGCGCUCAGUUGUGGCUAAUGGAAGGUAAUCGCCAAAAAGCGUGUGAAAUUUUCCUUAAAGAUAUUGGAACAAAUCGGUACAAACCCGGUAUUGUUGGCGCUUUAAUCACUUUGUAUUUGGCGGAAGGCAAAGAAGAAGUCGCCCAAAACAUUUAUAAAGACACCGUUGAAUGGUACAAAAUGAAUAAAAAACAAGAAAGCGAUCUCACAAAUUUGUGGAGACAAGCAGCCGAGUUCCAUAUAAGAAAUGGACAAGCAGCGGUUGCCGCUGGAAGCUUAGAAGAAUUAUUACGUUCCAACCCAAACGAUAAAAAAACCAUCGCGCAAUUAGUCAUCGCAUACGGCGAAUUUGACCCCUUAAAAGCCAUCAAAUUAGGUUCAAAACUUUAUAAAUUAGAAGAAAUUGUUGAAGGUUUAGACACCGACUCUGUUGAGAGUUCCGCUUGGUUAUCAACAAAGAAAAGUGCUGUUUCCAAGUCUGGGGAGAAUUCUCCUGGUUCUACACCAAGCACACCUUUAUUGGAUGGUCAAAAUGGAGUAUCAAAGAAAAAACGUAAAAGUCACAAGAAAAAAGGUAAAUUACCUAAAAAUUACGAUCCAAAAGUACCUCCAAAUCCCGAAAGGUGGCUUCCAAAGUAUGAAAGGACGGGUUAUAGAAAGAAACGUGAUCGUAGAGUAAAAGAUGUUAUUAAAGGUUCUCAAGGAACAGCUUCUGGGCAAGCGGAAUUAUUCGAUUUUUCGAGUAAAUCAGCGGGUGAUGUGGAGGUUGAUACAUCAUCUAGCGUGGAACCCUCUCCUGCUACGAGGAAUCAACCCAAAAAGAAUCAACAAAAAAAGAAAAAUCGACGACGUUAAAUACAAAAAAAAAAAGUUUUUUUUUAAAUAAAAGGUGAUUUAAUGACUAUUUGUGUACAUUAACGUUUAUAAAUGCUAUAAUAAGAAAAUAAAUUCUUAAGAUGACUCUA